AUGGAUGCCGGCAGCAGUAACGACUACGGUGAUGCGGACUGGCAGCAGGCCGGACACGAUGCCACUGCGCAAGACCUGGCUGGGCCGGGCUCACAAGGCCAUCUUGACUGCACGGUAGACCAUCCACAGAAGGAGGGCGAGGGGACACAGAACGCCUACGUUUCCUACCUUGUCACCACAAACACCGACUUCAAGUCUUUCCAAUCCUCACAUUUCACCGUACGGCGGCGCUUCACGGAUUUUGUGUUCCUCUACAAGACCUUGAGCAGAGAAUACCCACAAUGCGCGGUCCCGCCUAUACCCGACAAACACAAUGUAUCAUACGCGCGAGGACAGAGCUUCACAGAAGAAUUCAUGUCAAGAAGGGCGCAUUCGCUGGACCGAUUCUUGAAGCGUCUAGCACUGCACCCGGUGCUGAGGCGAGCUGCGAUCCUCACCAUAUUCUUGGAAAGCUCGGAUUGGAAUGCUACAAUGAAGAGCCGGCCUACAAGGGGCAUGUCGGGUGGUAGCGAGGGUGCAAGCUCAGGUGUGUUGGAGACCUGGACUGACAGUAAGCGUGUCCCUCGACAGCGCCUUACGAUGUCUGGAGCGGUUGCUAAGAUGAUGGCAGGCUUUCUGAACGCAUUCACCAAACCGCACAAGACGGACAAACGGUUUUCGGAUGUCAACGAGCGAGCCGCCAAACUCGACAACGAUCUCGGUACCGUCUCGAAGACUGUUGCGAGGGUUGCUAAGCGGGAGUCGGACCUUGAAACGGAUUAUGCGGAUCUCGCAGUGCAGUUCCAGAAACUCGCCGCGCUGGAGCCGGGCGUCCAAGACGAGCUGACAAAAUUCGCAUCGAGCGUGCAAGAGACGAGCGAAGGUUGGAAAGGCCUUAAAGAGCACACCGACUACAGCUACCUCGGCUCGCUCAAGGACAUGGAAUCGUAUAUCCUCGCCGUCAAAUCCCUGCUCAAGACCCGCGAGCAAAAGCAACUCGACUUCGAAGGCCUGACGGACUACCUCACGAAAGCUGCCUACGAGCGCGAUACCCUUGCCUCUCACGGCAGCGCGGGCGCUACUGGUUUCAUCCGGCAGAAGAUUGAAGACGUACGAGGUGUGGACCACGAGCAGAGUCGGCGAGAGCGGACAAGGAAGCUCGAGGUACAGAUCUCGCGGCUUACUACGGAAGUGGAGAAUGCGAAGAAGACUUCGGAGGCUUUUGAUGAGGAAGUCGUCAAGGAGGUGCAGGAUUUCGAGCGGAUUAAGGCGGUGGAGUUCCGGGACACGUUGACCGGGCUGGCCGAUGCGCAUAUGGAGUUCUUCAAGGGCAACAUUGGUAUCUGGGAGAGGUUCAUUCAAGAUAUGGAGAGGCAGCAGAGGGAAGCUGAUGCUGCUGAAGCGGGAUGA